UUGGACGACUGAAGGAAGAUGGGUCAAAGUCAGAGUGGUGGCCAUGGUCCUGGGGGUGGCAAGAAGGAUGACAAGGACAAGAAAAAGAAAUACGAACCUCCUGUCCCAACUAGAGUGGGGAAAAAGAAGAAGAAAAUGAAGGAACCAGAUGCUGCCAGCAAACUGCCACUGGUAACACCUCACACCCAGUGCCGCCUGAAAUUACUGAAGCUAGAGAGAAUAAAGGAUUAUCUUCUCAUGGAGGAGGAAUUCAUUAGAAAUCAGGAACAGAUGAAACCAUUAGAAGAAAAGCAAGAGGAGGAAAGAUCAAAAGUGGAUGAUCUCAGGGGGACCCCCAUGUCUGUAGGAACCUUGGAAGAGAUCAUUGAUGAUAAUCACGCCAUUGUGUCCACAUCUGUGGGCUCUGAACACUACGUCAGCAUACUUAUCAGGCCAGGCCGCAUUGACAGGAAGAUCGAGUUCCCGCUGCCUGAUGAGAAGACCAAGAAGCGGAUCUUCCAGAUUCACACGAGCAGGAUGACACUGGCUGAUGACGUAACCUUGGAUGACUUGAUCAUGGCAAAGGAUGACCUCUCUGGGGCCGACAUCAAGGCAAUCUGUACAGAAGCUGGCUUGAUGGCCUUGCGGGAACACAGAAUGAAAGUAACAAAUGAAGACUUCAAAAAAUCUAAAGAGAAUGUUCUUUAUAAAAAACAAGAAGGCACCCCUGAGGGGCUGUAUCUCUAGUGGCCCACAGUCGUCUUCAGGGAUGGGAGCUGCCCCCAGGAACCCAUUCUCCAGUUCAGGUUUGCCAGCAGAAAGCCCGUAUCGUGGAGGACGCUGUGCCUCCGUCUGUUGUUGGUCACUGUGCCGUGCUGCUCUC